AUAUCAAGGGCUGCAGAAGGUGAUUCACAACGAGAGCCAGAGAGGUGCUUACAGCUACUUCUUCUUCCACUUCGUCUUCUUCCUGGCCUCACUCUACGUCAUGAUGACCCUAACCAACUGGUUCAGCUAUGAGUCAGCGGUGCUGGAGACCACGUUCACCCACGGCAGCUGGUCCACGUUCUGGGUGAAGAUGUCGUCGUGUUGGGCAUGCGUGGUGCUCUACCUCUGGCUGCUGCUGAGCCCACUCUGCCACUGUGGCUCCGACUCGCACCGCCCGCGACGCUCCCGCAUUAAACGCCGCUCAGCCAAUUCCUCCAGCCACGUCAGUGUCAGCGUCUGACCUGUGACCUUUGGCCAGAGCCUGGCUUCUGGGGGUGGAGAACAGGAUAGGACAGCUGGCAGGGGAAGAUGGACAAUUGCCCCCGCUGUGGUACCCUGAAGGUGGAGGGUGGUUUUGAUGAUGUCCCUUGCACCCUCCACCUGUCUCCCAUAUUGAGGUCAGGGGUCAGAGAUGAGAGGUCAAGGGUCAGAGACUCACUCCAGCUAGAAGGACAGACUAACCAGAGGAUUAAUGAUUGAAUCUGAUGUUCCUCACACAGACCACCUGAACCUCCAAACAUAGACCAAGGACUAACCAGACUGUGCUCUGAAAAGGAACAAAGACCCUAUACAGAAUCACUACAUCCUGCCAUUCAAACUGAUUUCACAAACAUUUCACUAUUGUUUCACUCGGUGAGCGAAGUAUUCAGUCUGGUUUAACCAGGCUAGAACCACUAUGGACUACUAUGCUGAGACUGCCAAAAGGGAACAAAAAGGAUGAGCUCUCGACUCGCGUACGACGGGAGCUGUAGGGAAAUGUUGGCUGACUUUUUACUCUUUUUGAAUAUUUUAUUUCUUAUAGUAAGGACUGUGUAGCACUUUUUAAAUUACAACCAGGGGUAGAUUUAUCAGUAGGAUAAUUAUUUUUCUCAGUGGUCUCAACAACUGAAGGUUUACCUGAAUGUUUCGGUGAAAGUUUCCCUGAACGUUUCACACCAUUUCGAAGGUUUACAUGAACAUUUUGCACAUUAGUGUGUUCAUACGGUUUGAUUAUGUUCGCUCUGGUGUGGAGCUAAUGUGAAUUAUAAAAUAAAAUAUUACUUAACACUUUCGCCAACAGUAUAAUGCUAUAUUACUUGUUAUAAGCAUGUAUGAGCCUUUAUAAUGCCUUACAAUAAGGCCUAUACUGUUUUAUGUUGGCCGAGCAAAUUUCCAACAUACCUAAUGGCUUAUAUAGUCAGGAUCAUUAUAGUUGAUUACAACACAUUAUAAGGGGUUCAUAUAUGCUCAUGACAAGUCUUUCAAUGCAUUAUAUCUGUCGGCUUUAAGUAAAGUGUUACCAAAUACUCUUAUACCAAUUAUUUAUUUCGAAUGCCUUUUUAACAUCGUGGGAGUGGUGUAUCCAUUUCUAAAUUGGUUUUUGAAAGGAAAAUGUGGUAAAAUUGUUUUGGCAGUUCAGUUUUACAAGAAACCCCAGCUACAAGACCCUGACAUGUUUGGUUUAAAGGGGCUCUCUGUGAGCUGGGGUGUAUUUGCUAGGAACCGAAUGGAAACAAAUUGUGCCGAAACGGGAAGAGACCUACCUGGAAUUUUCCAAUAUGAAACGCUUGUUUUUGUAUUCACAUUUCAAAAUGCUUCGCUACGGAGUGCACUAAUGAAUGCACCCGUGUUUUAGAAGAACCAUUGAGGAUCGAGAGCCAAGUUUCUGUGAAGACUUCUCCACAGUUAAUGACCAAUUAUUUGACUCUUUAAAACCUUUGUGUACGAUACUACAUUUAGGUCCUUUUUUAGCUCAUUUCAUGUUACUAUGAUAGCAGGUGGUGAAGUUAUUUUUGUAAAUACAUUUUGUAAUG